GCGCCCACUCAAGCGUCGCGAGCAGCUUUGAUCCGCGAAACUCGGGAGGCGACAAGGGGCGAUCGAGCGGACCGGAGAUUGCCGGCCCACCUUGCGCUUUUCCUCCACUGCACGUCCGAUCUGUAGUGCGUUCUCAGUAACACCAGGCUGCCUGCAAGUAUGCGCGGAACCAAGCGACACGCACUCACCACAGACGAGCUCAUGCGAAUGCAGGAGCAGCCCGCCAGGAAGAAGUUCAAGCCAUAUCCUGCAAUCCCUGACGACUCAGAUGCGGAAAGCCUCGCCGACGGACGCGGCUCGGCUUCACAUUCGCGCUCGGGCGGAAGUUCUGAGUCGGAAGGCAGCGAUGGUGAUGAGGAGAACGAUGGGGAGGCCGAUGAAGGGAGCGGAGAAGAUAGCGAAGACGCGGAAAGCUCACAAGGAAAGGUGCCACAUACAUCACAAGCGAAUUGGGACGACGCGGACAGCCGCUUCGGCUCUUCCAGAGUCUCCAUCACCGCACGCGCCUCAAACCCUGUACAACCCGAAAUGCCAAAGCCUGCACGAACCCGUCCGACGAGUUUCGAGUCCUUGGGAAUUCCAUCGGCGCUCCUCAGUGCUCUCGCAAAGAUGUCUAUCAGGGCCCCCACGGAGAUUCAGGCGGCUUGUAUACCACCGCUACUAGCAGGCAGAGACUGCAUAGGCAAUGCGAAGACCGGUUCCGGUAAAACAAUCGCGUUUGCCCUGCCUAUCCUACAGAAGCUCGCCGUUGACCCAUAUGGUAUCUUUGCCCUUGUUCUGACACCUACACGAGAAUUGGCGUUCCAGAUUUCGGAACAGUUUGCUGUCCUCGGCUCAGCACUGAGCCUCCGCACCGCCGUAGUAGUCGGUGGCAUGGAUAUGAUGGCUCAAGCAAUUGAGUUGGGUCAUAGGCCACAUGUAGUCGUAGCCACUCCUGGUAGAAUCGUCGACUUGUUGAAGAGUUGCAGUGGAGAGUGGGACCUGUCGAGAAUCAAGUUCUUGGUUCUGGAUGAAGCUGACCGUCUGCUCACUCCAACAUUCGCCCCGGAAUUGUCAUAUCUCUUCGAGACGCUUCCCAGAGAGCGACAGACAUGCCUCUUCACGGCUACCUUGACGCCAGCCGUUGAGACGUUGACAAACGCUCCGCCACGCCCUGGGAAGCAAAAGCCGUUUAUUCACCGAAUGACAGAAUCCGUGGAAACCGUCGAGACCCUCCAGCAACACUACAUUCUCGUCCCGUCUCAAGUACGCGAAUCCUACCUCUUCUACUUGCUCUGCAACCCCCCAGAGUCGACCAUCCACCUCCGCCGCGCCCCUCCCGAAUCCGUCAAGCCCUCCAAGAACCGUAAAUCCACCUUGCAUCCCAAGUGGAAAGCGAAGAAGAACAAGCCCACCUCGUCUGACCCGGAGGAGAUCGAGCAGCCUCCGCCGACGAUCAUCUUCUGCCGGCGCCCGCGCACCGCCGCCUACCUCACCUCGCUCCUCCAGACCCUGCACAUCCGCGCGACCGCACUGCACUCGCGCCUCACCCAACGCGAGCGGCUCAACUCGCUCUCGCUCUUCCGCGCGAGCGUCGUGCCCGUGCUCGUGUCGACGGACGUCGGCGCGCGUGGCCUCGAUAUCGAGGACGUCGCGCUCGUCGUGAACUGGGACAUGCCGGACGAGCCGGAGGAGUACACGCACCGCGUGGGCCGGACGGCGCGGAAGGGCAAGGGCGGUGUCGCGGUGAGCUUCGUGACGGAGCGCGACGAGGAGCGGGUGGUGAAGGUCGAGGAGCGCAUCCGGACGAAGCUGACGGAGAUGGCGCUGCCGGAGGGGAAGGUCCUCGAUAAUCUGAACGCGGUGUCGACGGCGAAGCGGCUCGCGAACAUGGAACUGCACGAUUCCGACUUUGGGAAGCGCGAGGAGAUCCAUAAGAUCAAGCGCGCGAAGAGGCGAGCGGAUGUCGAGGCCUCACGCGCCGAGUGACGGGCACGCGCGUGGGCGAUAUGGCAGUUCCUGUCCUAGAGCUGCAUGCAUGCUGCCAUACUGGGUGCUGUCAACCCCGCCAAGUCGUCGAUCUCACGUCCCUAGCAUGUCCCGAUACAGUAUAUUAUGUGUACGUAUUAUCUGAACAUGUCCAUGGAGCCAGUCUCCUCCCCACCCACUCAGGCGAGGUAGGGGGCCCCGUGUCGAUAGUUUCUGCAAUGUUACUGUACGUAUCGCCCGUCAGCCACAAUCCCGCCACCUACAUUUGAUUGCCGCCCGCAAUGCGCCCCCUCAUCUGCGCCCAUUGCAAACUCCACAAUCGUAAUCCCCUCCGGUUGCAGAGAUGUGAGGGGAGUAAGGACAUC